AUGUCACUUUUCAAGAAAGAAGUCGAUCGAUUGACAAAUGCGGGUAUUUGGAAACCUGUGAAGUUUUCCCAAUGGGCUUCGCCUAUUGUACUAGCGCCAAAAGCUGAUGGUUCCAUAAGAAUUUGUGGAGAUUUUAAACAAGCAGUCAAUGCGCAAAUUGACAUUGAACAAUAUCCUUUGCCCAUACGCGAAAGUCUUUUCCAUAAAAUUAAUUGCGGUCAACAUUUUACAAAAAUCGACCUUAAGGACGCGUAUUUACAAAUGGAACUCGACGAUGAAGCAAAAACAAUAAUGGUUGUCAACACUCCACUUGGGUUAUUCCAAUACCAACGUUUACCGUUUGGGAUUGCAAGCGCUCCAGCUAUAUUCCAAAGAUAUCUUGAGCAGUUACUUCAAGGCGUAGAAGGUUGCGGAAAUUAUCUCGAUGACAUCAUCAUCUCCGCACCUACAUUUCAACAACACAUCAGCCGCCUAGAACAAUAUCUCGGGCGUCAAAUUAGUGCAAAAGGUAUAUUGCCAGAUGAGUCAGGACUAAAAGCAGUAAAAAACCUGCAGCCGCCUAAAGAUCUAAAGCAAGCAGAAGCAUUCAUGGGUAAGGUAAACUAUUACCAUAAUUUUAUACCUAAUUUUUCGCAAUUAUCCGCGCCAAUCAACAUGCUGCGCCGAAAAAAUGUAAAAUUCACAUGGGGUACAGCACAACAACAAGCAUUUACAGCUCUUAAAACGCAUAUUCUCAAUGCAGCGCAAUUAGCACAUUAUCAGGAAGAUUUACCGUUGGUUCUAGCUACAGAUGCCUCCUCCUAUGGCAUAGGAGUCGUGCUCUCGCAUACGUACGUUGACGGUACAGAAAGGCCUAUUGCUUUUGCAUCUAAAACUCUCGACAUUCAUCAACGACGAUAUAGUCAGAUAGAGAAGGAAGGGCUAGCUAUCGUUUUUGGAGUCAAGCGUUUCCAUCAAUAUUUAUACGGAAGAAGAUUCACCUUGGUUACUGACCACAAACCUCUUGUUAGCAUUUUUAAUCCAAUUCAGCAGUUGCCGUCGAUGACGUCACAUCGUUUACAGCGAUGGGCUAUUAUACUAAUGGCUUAUCAGUAUGAUGUUCGGUAUCGUAAAACUACUGAGCAUGGAAAUGCCGAUGCUUUAUCUCGUUUACCUGUUGGUGAAGACAAAACUUUUGAUCAUGAAGAAUCCUGUUUCAACAUCAAUGAACUUAACACACCUAUCGACGCUGAAAUAAUUCGUCAGCAUGCCAAAAAUGACCCAAUUCUUCGCCGAGUUUAUUUUCUCGUUACAAACGGUUGGCCUGAAAAGCUAAUGCCUCAAGAUACGGAGUACAACCGGGUUGUCAUUCCAGCCUCCCUUAAGCAGAAAAUUCUUAAACUUCUUCAUGAUGGUCAUUGGGGAGUAUCGAGAAUGAAACAGCUAGCUCGACAACAUGUCUGGUGGACUAAUAUUGACAAAGACAUCGCACAAUUAACUGAAAAUUGUGAUGUGUGCAAAAUUGCAAAUCCUGUUCACGCACGUGAAUACUUAAGCUGGCCUGAAGCUGAUCGACCUUGGGAGAGAGUACAUAUCGACUUUGCUGGUUCAUUUUGUAAUUCAAUGUGGCUAAUUUGUGUCGACGCUUUCUCACAAUUUCCGUUCGUUGUACAACUAUCUACAACAACAACGGUUGACACCAUAUCAGCAUUGUCUUCUAUAUUUUCUCUGGAAGGUAUACCAGAAACCAUCGUAAGUGACAAUGGUCCGCAAUUUACAGCUGAAGCAUUCAAACAUUUUUGCUCAAAACUUGGCAUCAAACAUAUAACAACAGCGCCGUUUCAUCCAGCCUCAAACGGGUUAGCCGAACGAUUCGUCAGAUCUUUUAAAACUGCUGUUCAGAAAAACAUUGACGAUGGAUUGUCUCUCAAAUUCGCUGUAUCAAAAUAUCUUGCAACAUAUCGUGCAAUGCCGAAUGCUGAAGGUAAAUCACCUGCAGAACUUUUACAUGGAAGGCCUGUUCGUACCUUGUUGAGUCAACUGUUUGAAUCGCCUAGAAAGCACCUUGAAGCUUCGAAACGGAAAAUGAAAUUUAGUCUAAAGCAACCCGUCUUCGCUCGAAACUACGCAAGAGGGGAAAAAUGGAUAAAAGGAGUUAUUGUGAAACAACUUGGUAAAAUGGUUUACCGAGUGAACACAUCUUUUGGUUACAUCAAACGUCAUGUUAAUCAGCUUAAAACUAGAAGUAGCUCUGACCUCUCUUCACAACCAAUUUUUGAAUUCGCUUCAAAUUUCAUCAAUGCCACACCGCCUUCAUCUAGCCAAUCAACAUUAAUGCCUAGUGAAGAACGUUCUACCGAAGUAGUUCAACUUCGAAAAAGUGGUCGUAUUCGGAAGGAUGUAAUUCGAUUUGAAUCCGACGAUUUCAGGAAAACUUAA